AGGGACGGGGGCAGGAAGCCGCUCGCAUUUUCCGGCUCCCUCCCAGCCGGUUUCCUCCCCCCACCCCCGUCCCUCCCCUUUCUUCAACAGGCGGUGCUUCCAUCAGCGCUGGCUCAGUGCUUUGUGUUGGAAUGCCCCGCGCAGCCCUGCGGGUAGGGGAGGAGUCGGAUGGGAGGACUGCACGUCGGAACGCGGCGACUCGCAGGUUACAUUUGUGAGAACCAGACCACAAGUAUCAACGAAACAACUUCAUCAUCAGUGCCACUAGAUGCCACCAGUGUUGGAACAACAGAAACCACUCUCAUGACAAAAAACUGCACUCAGGAUCCUACACCAGUGAGCCAUAUUGCUUCCCUGAUUGUGGAUCCUGGAUAUCCCUCCGACAUAGUCACUGAAGGCGAUCCUGCCACUCUAGAGUGCAAGUUCAAGGCCCCGCCUGAGGCCAAGGUCAUCUGGAAGAGAUCCUGCUCCCCCAACUGCAGCAUCAGCUUUGAUGUCAGCGAGACCAACAGCCAGAAGAUCCAUGUGGAUGUUGCUGAUGGGUUGUCAAAGCUCAGCUUCCCUUUGACCAAAAGGAAUGACACGGGCAUGUACUAUUGCUGUGUACAGGUUCCAUCUGGUUACCAACGCCGGUCGUGUGGCACAUACCUAUGGGUCCGGAGACCUCGCCCAGUCUCUUUCCUAAAUAUGGCGGAAUCUGUCAAAAAUAAGAUCAUCACAGCAGAGGGCUUCCUCCUACUCAUCUGUGCCAUUGGUCCUGGUCUUUUUCUGCUGUUCAGGAAGAGAUGGGAAAAUGAAAGACUCUUACAAACCAAGAAGAAAGUUUAUGAAGAGGAGAACCUGUAUGAGGGACUGAAUCUGGAUGACUGCUCCAUGUAUGAGGACAUUUCACGGGGGCUGCAGGCCACCUACCAGGACAUAGGCAAUGUGAAAGUGAUUGAUCUGCAAGUGGAGAAGCCAGAGAAACCAUGAUAGAAAAGGACUUUGCUUUGACUUCACUUUCCAGGAGCAUGCUAUGAACAACCAAUUUUGAAUUCCAAAUAUUCUCACUCUAUAUCCUGUAGAGAGAAAAGGGAGGGCAGGGGGUAAAUUCUAUAUUCUCCUGUCUCUUGAAUACUGACACUUAUAUAACUAUUCCAGGUUUACAAUAAGAAAGCUGAAGAGAACUUGUUGGUUCUCCUUUGUCAAAGAUCUGGUUUUGAUAGGAGAGCAGAUGAAAUAGCAGAGGGGCUUUCCUGGCAUUUUGGUUUUCCAAACAAAAUAUUCUGACAAGUAUUUUCUUCCUUUUUACUUGACAUUUUCUAUUCUCUUUUCCAUUCUUGAUAUGUUGGGAAGAGAGGCUUCCCUCCUUUUUUCUGGGAAAAUUGAUUCCGAGGCAUAAAUAAUGCUCAAUGUUUCUUUCAGUGAUAUUCACAGAGGGUUUAAUUCCUUUAGAACUUGUGCUUGCUUCUAUUCAACCUUCUCAAUUUGGGAGUUAAGAGAGACAUAUUUAAAGAGCAGUGGGAGUUAUUGGGGAGUGUUCUCAUUGUGUUCAGUUCAAAUGUAUUUUUUUUCUUUUCCAGGGUUGAAUGCUGAAAAAAAUAUUUCUAUAGAUUUGCAGCAAAACCAAGCUGCAUGUGGUGCUGACUGGACAGCACCUGGGGUUAUCAAGAAAUUGUAGGAUUUCUGGAUAUAUGCAUCUCCUGCUUUUUUCAAAAGCCAAAGGGAGAGACAAAGUAAGUUAAUUAGACUUGGGGCUGAUGGGCCUGACUUGCGGGUAAGGAUAAUAGGGUUAGGGCAGUAAUAGCCAGUGUGAUGCCCUCUAGAGUUGUUCCCAACCAUUAGCCAUGUUGGCUAGUUUUGUGGUACAACUGCCAUCAACCUUCUGGAAGGACCAUGCUGGACCAAUGAGUUUUGGUUUCUGCGGAGACCAUAAUAAAAAUGAACAUGCCUUCUAUGGUGUUUAAUUAUUUCUCUAAAGUAAUAGGCAGGCCUUCUCUUCUUACUGUAACACACAAAGCUCUGGUUGUGCACUAUAGUAGAUGGACAAAGGUGGUGAACUGUAGCAGUGCCCAGGGAACUGGAUAGUUAAGGCAGGCUCUUCACCCUCUGGUAAUAAUCUUAAUCCAAGCCCUAGAAUGGGAGACAAUUUGUAAUCCUAUGUUGCACAGACUAAAUUUCUUUGUUUUUUAUGUUUUGUGAUCUGAAAUGUUAAUAAAAUAACUAAAUGUUUUGCUUCA